GAGCCGCGCCGCAGCCCGGCGGCCGCCACUGAGCCAUGGCGAGCGCGGCGGUACCCGCGCAGCCCCGUGAGCCGGAGGCCCCGGAGGAGCGGGGCGCGGCUGCGGCCGGAGAUACAGAGCGCACGGAAGUGUCAAGCGGGGACGGGGCGGCGGCGGUGCUGGGGGAGACGGGGCUGGCCGUGAGCUGCUGCAUCGCGGCGGCGCUGAGCUGGGAGCGGCCCCUCCGCAGCCUGGGCGGCUUCGUCUGCGCCAACCUGCUCUUCUGGUUUCUUGCACUGACCUCUUGGAGAGUGUAUCACCUAACUUCUCUCAUAAUACUUGGAGUGCUAAUUCUUCAGAUCAUGAAGGAAUUGGUAUUCUCGAGGAUAAAAGGUGCAAAGCUUUGGAGGACCAUCACUGGCAACUGGAAAGUCAUCGAUUCCAGGCAAGACUACAAACCGAGAAUAAAUCAGUGCAUUUCAGAAACACUGAUGAAUUUAUUUGUAUUUCUUCAAGAAAUGUCGCACUUUAAGGAACAAAACCCUGGCAAGUUUUGCCUACUAGUCUGCAGCAUAUGUACAUUUUUCACUGUCUUGGGAAGUUACAUUCCUGGAGUUGUCCUCUCCUAUGUCUUGUUAUUGUGUGCCUUUUUGUGUCCCUUCCUUAAGUGCAAUGAAUUUGGACAGAAAGUGUACAGCAAAAUUAAGGCUGUUCUGAUGAAACUAGAUUUUGGAAUAGUGGAAUAUAUCAACCAGAAGAAAAAAGAGAGAUUUGAAACAGCAAAAACAAAACCCACAGAAGAUGACAGUGAAUUAGACAUAUCAGCUCUGUGUCCUAAGGUUAGUCCUGCAGUCAUUGCCAAAGAGCUGUCAGUGUCUGACACAGACGUAUCGGAAGUAUCUUGGACCGAUAAUGGGACCUUUAACUUAUCCGAGGGGUAUUCUCCACAGACAGACACAUCUGAUGAUUUUGACCGACCUAGUGAUCAUGAAGAAGCUUUUGCUAGAGAUCUUUUAGAAUUCCCUUCUUUAGAAAAUGGUGCCGGAACAAAUGACGAUGAUGACUCAAGCAUCGGAAUGCCCAUCCAUCAAAAACGAAGAAAAGAGCAAACAGAUUUCAAGGUGGAUCACGCUUCCAGACAGAGUAAAGAGAGACCACCCACUGCAGGGUUGUCCUUGCCUUUGACCAGUGACCAAACCUUUAAUUUAAUGAGUGGAAUUGCUGGUGAUGUCAUCACAGCCGCGGUGUCUGCUGCCAUCAAAGAGCAGUUGCAGUCCACACUGCAAGCUCCCUCAAAUGCAGCGCCCAGUUUGAGCGAGGAGACAGACACAGAGGAAGCUGAUGAUUUUGAACUGCUUGACCAGUCUGAGCUAGAGCAGAUUGAGAAAGAAUUGGGACUUUCACAAGGCCAAGAAGCUGAAUCCCAGGAAAAGAAAAAGUCUUCAGGCUUUCUUUCAAAUCUGCUUGGAAGUCAUUAACCUGGUAACAUAGAAGAAAUUAAACAUAAAACACAAAAAAAAUCAUCAAAUGCAAAAAAAAAAAAAAAA